UUACCCAGCGGUUUCAGUCUCGCAGCGACAUUCGGGAGUGAUAGAUCGCGGACGGAGAGAGACGAUUAUUUAAGGAGAAAGGAAUUUACAAGAAAAAAAAACAAACGAAAGCUACGUUAAAAUAGCACACGAGAUUCACGAACAGCCGAACUAGUUGGAUUAUUUUAUCCUCUGUCAUCAUAUCAUCAUCGGAAUUGUAAAAUAUUUUCAUCAGUCCGUUCGGUUAUACAUCUUUUACUUGAAUUGUUAUUUCCUAUAGACCCUCUCGUCCCGGUCCUUAAUAAUAUUUUUUUUACUUUUAUAUCAACGUGUGAGUUAUUGUGAGAUAAGAUUUUAUCGAGUGUGAACCAAAGUUAAUUCAUAGUUUUUUAUAACUGCUUCGCGAAGAGAAAGGAAAGAGAAUAACUAAAAGAAAAAAUUGAUUGAAGAGAAAACUUGAUAAAAAAUCAAAGUUUAAUUGAUCAAUUAAAUAAUUAACUUGAUAUUAAUAUAAUAUUAAAAAAAAAAAAAAUAAGAAGUGUGGUUAUCUUGUCUUUACUUUAAAAUAAAAAUUGUUGUGAACAUAAUUGAGGUGGUGCCGUUUAAGUUUAUCCGACGACAAAAAUAUAUAUAUAUCUACGUUUAAAGUCAUUUUAAAAGCAACAAAAAAUUUAAAGAGCCCAUCAGCACACGCCUCUGACACGUUCAACGACAAUUUUUUUUAGAAAAAACGGCCUCUAGAGCCGAGUAUUUCUCUCAACUGUAUAAAAAACAGCCCAACGAUUCUCCUCUCCAAGCCAAAGAUGGACAUAGAGGUGCAGGUGGCUUUAAAUUUUGUGAUAUCUUAUCUCUACAAUAAGCUACCAAGGCGGCGAGUAAAUAUCUUCGGAGAAGAGUUAGAAAAGGCUCUGAAAGAUAAGUUCCAGGGUCAUUGGUAUCCAGAAAAACCGUUUAAAGGAUCAGCCUUCAGAUGUUUGAAAACUGGAGAUCCAGUGGAUUCAGUUCUAGAGCGAGCAGCCAAAGAAAGUGGAGUCCCAAUCCAAGAUAUAUUAGAGAAUCUUCCAGCUGAACUUGCAGUCUGGGUAGAUCCUGGUGAAGUCAGUUACAGGAUUGGUGAGAAGAACAUGAUAAAAAUCCUCUACUCUGAGAAUACAGAUCUUCAUGAUGAAAGCUCUGCUGAUCGAGAGGUUACCAAGACCUUCAACCCGGAAGCUCAGUGCUUUAGACCCAUUGAAGCUGUUGGAACAUCACUAAGUGGACUAAGCUUAAGUCCCAAAUCAACAUCUCCCUUCCCAUCUUCUUUGGGAAGUAAUGCUAGCAAUGGUUCAUCUAAUAACCAACAGAGUGGCCAUGGAUCUGGAUCAUCUUCUGCUCCAUCACCCACACCAAUCACCACCUCAUUCAAGGGUUCAUCAAGUCCUGUUCCUGCGUUUAUCCCUCGUACUACUGCGCCGCUGACCUUUACCACAGCUACCUUCGCUCAGACUAAAUUUGGAAGCACCAAAUUAAAAACUAGCAGCAAGAGAGCAAAUAGACCUUCAUCUUGCAGGAUGUCACCAACUGAGUUUUCCAACUAUAUCAAGCAACGUGCAAUGCAACAACAAAUUCACCAUCAUCAUCAUCACCAGCAUCAAGCCGGCCUACCAGUUUCCCAGAGUUCACCAACGAGUCGUUCAUUGUCACCAGGAGUAGUUGGUUCUCAACAAGCUCAACAACAACAGCCUCAGCAACAACACACAGAUCCAAGUGCUUACUUCUUCCCGGGUCCUUAUCACCCUCAAUUCCCUCAUCGCAACAUCUUCGAAUCAUCCAGCCAUGGGCCAUUUCUUCCAGACCUCUAUGGUGCUAAAUUUCCAUCGUCCUACUUGGAUCCAACGAGUAUCGGUCAUCAGUUUUAUGGAAGUGUUGGUGGAGGUAGUUCACAAGCUUCAGGCAACCUUGGACCUAUUGGAUCUACCGCAAGCAAUGCAAACACUGCUAAUCAACAAGACAAAGCUGCUCUCGUUGAUAAUUUAAACAACUUUGGUCUGGGUUCAGUUACACCAUAUCCUGCUAGCCAAUAUCAGCAUCUCUUGGUUGCUAAUUAAUACCCUGCUCACCUGGCCCCACGAGCUUGUCCGCCACGACCUUCUUCAGUAGUGUAGCGGACUUUAGACCUUAAAUACUUCCUCAUCCAUCUCUUCUCCUUGAUUUACGUAGACUUAAUAGUCAUUUAUCCUUAUUAUUCACUGAUUUCAUUAGAUAAUUCCUGACAAAAAGAAAACCUUAGCAGAUGGCUUCAGGAAGACUCGGGGACUCCGGCGGCCAGGUGUCCCAGUUGAUCUCGAGAUACGGCAACAGUUCACAUUUUUUUCAAGACAAGUCACCUACUAAUCAGUGAAAUCAGUGGAAAGCCGAGAAAUUAAACGAAAAAAAUUGUGAGACUGUUGUGGAGGUUGGAGAAAAGAGUUUGGAAAUGAGAGAAUUAAUCAACUAAGCUAAUUACCGGGACGAGAUAUACCGAGACAGCAACACAACAAAUAUUACCAACGUGUAAUAAUUUAUUUUUUCACUGGAAUAGUCGAAGAAUAAUAAUAUAUCUGUAGAGCCUAUGUAAUUAUAUUCAGAUGCAUCUGCACUCACUUCACGAGUUAUCGUAUGGUAUAACACUUAAAUUAUUCUCCCAAGUAACAACUUACAAAGUAAAAAUGCAGAAUUAAUGAUAAAGUGGAAAAUUUAUUUAAUUAAUAAUUUAUUGGGAGAACAAUCACGUGAUUAUUUGUAGUCAUACCAUCGCGUAAAACUCGUUCUUUGGUAUGAUCUUACAUUUUAUUUUUAUAAUAAAAAAAUGCAGUAGGCAUAGAGGUGUGGUCGUGGUACGUAAGUGGCGCAGUUGUUGCUCACAUUUUCCAUUUUAACUCGUUCACCCUUUUAUUUUCCAAACGCGCGUCACAAACGUAAUCUUUUUCCUCCUCUUCCCUCUACCCCUUGAAACUGUUGCAGUUUACAUCAAACCGUCGAAUCAAUUCCCUUUAUUGCGAUGGAAAAAAUUACGUCCAAUUGAAUCGAUGGUAUAAAACACUAGGGACAUUGUAUAAAUUAAUCUUUGUUUUUUUUAUUGAAAAAAAAAAAUUAAUUAGAUGAUUUAAAAAAGAGAAUAAAAAAUAAUUAAAUAAAUAAAAUCAAAAUUUUUGUUUAUUUUGUAAUUUUCCAAGUGAUUUGUAUAAAAAAAAAUCGUGUAAAGUACAAAAGUUAAAAUUUUUUAUAUAUUUUUUUUUAUUUUUUGUUAAAAUUAUAAUAUCUGAGAAUUUAUAAAUGGACUUCAUAUAAUAAACAACGUGCCACCUUACGUCUGCGAGUCAAUUAGUUGAUUGCAUAAUUAAAAAUAAUAAAAAAACUAUCAUUGAUGCGCAACCUCGCCAAUAUGGCGCCGAGUAUUUCUUUGAAUUUUUUUAAUUCUUUUUUAAAAAAUUUCUCUAAUUAGAGAAGUUCUCGGUGUCGCGGCAAAUUAGUAUCAAAAGAUAGUUUUAACUAAAUAAAAAUAAGGUGCCGCGAGCCGCGGGCCGGGCACUAGGUGCUAAAAGUAUUAAUGUUAUCUUGAAAUCGUGAAAAUCGAUUGGAUGCGCAUUAAAUUCGGUCUCGAAGAUGAUGCGGGGGUAUGUUAAAUAAAGUCGACUAAUAUUCUUUCGGAUCUAAGGGUAUAGAAGGGGACGAAAAAAAAUAAAAACAUCUCAAAAACCCUUUACUUUAAUAUCUAAACUUAAUUAAUUACUAUUAACGAUACGUACGACUGUGGUAGCUAUGCUAGUACCUGCUAUUGUUAACAAAAAACACAAAAAAAUAGAAAAAUAAUUACGAACGAUUUGACGAACGAAAGGGCGUUCGAGAAGAGUUUUCAGGCAAUUAUAAACAAAUAAUAGACGGUUAAAGAAAGAAAAAAAAAUUUCUGAGCAGAGUCUAGAUAAUUUUGCUAAAUGCAAAAUCAACAUACAAUGCGGGUGAAAAAAAAAAUUGCAAUAAAUGAAUCAAAUAAAUUUCAGGCUACAUGAGUUUAUCUCAAUGCCUGAUGAUAAAUCAAAUGAUGUAUACUCUUUAAAUGGUUAAUGAAUAUAAAAAAAAAUUAAUAAGCAAAAAAAAACUUGGUAGACCGGAAAGGCAACUCGUGUACGAAAGGACAAAGUAUGAUAGGAUUUAAUGGUGCAGGAAUAAAAUAGUGAGAUACCCAAGCAAAAAUAUAAACUUGAGUAGAGAGACAAAAAUUACAACAAAAAAAAAAUGAAGAGCUGAAUAUAUUGACUUUAGAAAUAUACAUUGAGAUACAAACAAAUAAUAAAUAAAUAAUAUUACAUAUAGUAUUAUAAUACGUUUACAAUACGAUUGUAUGAAUUUUUAAAUGGAUGAUAAAAAAAAAUUAACGCAUAGUUUUUCAUUGCAUUACUGGAUGUAUUUGUUAACGCGAUUAAUAAUUAAAAAUUAUCUGAUGACAUAUAACUAAUUAAUAACACAAAAGUAAAGAUAAAAAAAUACUUAAUAAAUAAAAAAAUCAUUAAAUACAACAGGAAAAAUUGAUGAUAAUUACACUUAAGAAAACUCGUUCUCGUAUGUACCCACAAGUGAUCGAUAAUCUGUCUUUAAAGUAUCAAGUGUCUGUAAACCUAGCAAAUCGGUAUUGUCUACUUUACAAUGAUUAAGCAACAAAUAACCAUGGUACGCCGUUAAUAAUAAUACUGAAUAAUAAUAAUAAUGAAAUAAAUAGUAAUAAUUGAAUAUGCAUACACAAUAUAUUCUUAUACUUAGCUGAGAGAAAUUGAUAGGAAGGGAGACAGGCAGGGUCCUAAGCAACCAAAAAGCGACUAAAUAUUUCGGGAUUUAUUGAACAAAAAAGAAAUUUAAAAUUGUCACAACAGUCGCUCUUUUUCUACUGAAGGAAGAUGAUUAAUUUUAU